CAGUAAAUCAUCACUUGAAGCUGAGCUGCUGCUGGAGUUGAUCUUUACAAGAUGAAGCCUUACUGUAUCAGCUUAAUCCUUAUCUUUGGUGCCGGUUAUGCGUUUGGGCAAAAUAUUGCUCUAAAUGCUCAAACCAAACAGAGUUCAACAUGGAAGGGAAUAUACACAUCAGACCGAGCCGUGGACGGGAACACUGGGAAGAUGUUCUUUACGGACACGUGUACACACACCGACUGUAACGACCAGAAUCCUUCCUGGACUGUGUGUCUGGGACAGAUGCAAACAAUCACGUCUGUCACAAUCCACAACCCUGAUAAAGCAAGAGGUCGUCUAAAGAACAUUAGAAUCGACGUAUUCGCAACUAACCCCAGCAUACCAGGCGCUGUGGCAGUGCCCUGCGCGACUGUAACCUCCACACCUGUUGCUGACGGCACCGCGAUGAACUUCACGUGUCCACUGGGUGUCGUGGGUCAGUACAUCAGAAUCAGUAAAACUACGAUGGCGCGUCAAUGGAGAUGGCGAAAAUAUGGAUGUGACGCUUUGCUUCUUUGUGAAGUAGAGGUAACUGGAACUCCAGUGGUUAACUGUCCAGCCGGUUUUAUGCAGAAUGGACAAUCCUGCUACUUCUUUUCAACAGUUAAUGUGCCAUCCUGGUUCGACGCACGGGCUGCCUGUCAGGCUUUGGGAGCCGACCUUGUUGUUGUUAAUGAUCAAGCGGAAGAUAACUUCCUUAGAAUGCAAUUGAUAGCACUCGGCAAUAAUAUGAUGUAUUUUGCUGGUCUGCAAAUGUUGAACGGCAUGUCAUGGAUGUGGAUUGAUCCAAAUGCGAUGAUGGGCGUUCCAAAUACUGGGAAUAACAAUGGGGCAGCAUUCUCUAACUGGCAAGCUGGUCAAGGCAUGAAUGCAGCUAUGCCUUGUAUGGAGUAUCAGUUCGUGGACGCUGCAACGGGUUACAUAUGGUUCGGCGUACCCUGCAAUCAGGCGGUGAUGGCUAACUGGAGGGACUACAUUUGUGAGAUAAGUCCCACGUUUCCUGUGAAGCCCAGCCUCAAAUGUUUCUAGAUUUACCUGCACGAGAAUCUAGGAUCGAGACUUCGAUAAGCGAUGAAUAAACUAAAUUUUAGUAGUA